CAGAGCAUUAAAUGAAUAACUAUACCCACAACUGCGUAUUGUAAAAUGGCCUCUUGGAACGAGGGUGAGGAAGGUGACAACUGGGUCACUUAUGGAGCGGCUUUCAGUGACGACGAAACUGACGAGGGACGGUUUCGCGCACUGCAGUAUGGAAAACGCCGCCCCGUUCCAACUGCCUACGAACAGCGGGUUUUGAACGAGAGAGGAAGACCACUUCGUUUCCAUGGCGCAUUUACAGGUGGAUUUUCCGCCGGCUAUUUCAAUACUGUCGGUUCUAAGGAAGGUUUUCAACCGCAAAGUUUUCAUUCAUCACGUAAGACAAGACAGCGUGAUGCAAAAGAGCAAGCGGUCCAGCGUCCGGAAGAUUUUAUGGAUGAAGAGGAUUUUGGAGAACAUGGAAUUGCCCCAAGACGAAUCAAAAUGGCUCAUACUUUCGAUGACACUCAUAUCCGCGAUACGCUCAAGGUUGCUCUUGGAGGUCAGUCAGUCAUACCCGGCGCUGGCUCUAUCUUGAAAGACCUCAUUGUGUUGUCAAAGGGUCCGUUGGCUGAUCGGCUUCUUCGAAAAUUGGGCUGGAAGGAUAAAGCCUACGUCCUCGACGCCGAAGAAGCCGAUCAAUCAGUUGGUUCGACAUCUCUUCCAGAGACUACGGAAGCCAAGUCAACAUCGGCGAAGGAAGAGGCUUCAGGUGCCCUGUUGUACACAAAGAUUUGCUUUGAUGCGAAAGCGAACACGUUCGGUCUGGGCUAUUCCGGCCUCAACCCUGAUGUUGCCAUGGGACGGCGACAGCCCACACUCGCAGGCCGUCAUCCCGAGGAGUCUGCUGCCGCUCUACUUCAGCGACAGGGGAGUAUGCAAUUCGGAUUUGACCCACGUGCAGGUCAAGUGCGGGCCGGUAUUCGAGGACAAGCUUUUGGUGUUGGUGCCUUGGAAGUUGAAGACGAAGAUGUGUACACAAACGAUCAGCUCGUCGACUACGACUGGGAAAUUGGCGGUGCUGCAUCCGAGGGAGAGGACAAUGAGGAUGAUGAGGAAGCGGAAAUGGAAGCUGCGAGACUCGGGCGUUGGUCCAAAUCAUCCGGUGCGCGAAAGUCCAAUGUUACUCCGAAAGUUGUAAGACAGAAAACCUUUGAUGGUUGGACGGCACCUUCAAACAAGUCAGGUGCUCGACAGUCCGCAAGUUUCACUGGCGUCGCCACUAUUCCUGGUUUCACAACCGGCUCGGACGCGUCACAACUGGAGUUGUUCGCCCAUGAUACGCCGGUGAUUCGGCUACCUCCCGGCUACAUGCCUGUAUUCAAUCCACUUUGUGUUCGGGAUCCCACUGUCAAACCUGAAGUAAACGAUGCCCCAUUGGUUGAUGAUAAAUUCAAGUUGGCUCACCCUUCAAAGCCACUCGAUGCUGUUGCUCGGGGUCGCCUACUUGAUGAAGCGAGUUCAGGGGGAUCUGUCUUCGAUCUUGUGGAUCCCGUUGAACGAUUGCGCAUGCAGGCAGCGGCUGCCGGACUUCCGGUACCACCAGUGUCCAACUUACCAACGCCAGCCUCCGAAACACAGCCAUCCGCGACUUCGGUCAUGAAGCCGGAAGCCCUUCUAAGACCGUUCAAAACUGAUCCGGCCAAACAAGCCCGCUUCGAAGCGUUCCAAGUUUUGAUUCGUCGUGGCUUCACUCCUGAGAUUGCCUAUACACGCUGUUCCGGGGCUGUCGACAUGACUGGUGAGGAGCGUGAGCGUGAAUUGAACGCUUUCAACGGCAUUAUGCGUGCGUCUAAGCUUCCCACUCCCUCAACUCCUCGGGUUCCACCAGAACCUUCACCGCAUCCACCUACACCCGACAGUGUCCCACGUCCAACCCCACUGUCAUCCCAACUUCCUCCGCACAAACAACAAUUGGUUGCCAGUCUUCUUUCGUCCCGGUUUCGUUCAGCUGGUUGCAUGGAUAUCAGCAAAGAGUUGACAGAAAGCGAAGAGAAGGCGCAGCGAGCCAUGGUUGAGAGUCUGGAAACUGUAGAGCCUCGUGAUCAUGCAGUGGCCACAGAGUCGUAUGGUGCACUGACUCGAAGACGAUUGACCUGGCAUCCGGAUCGAGUGCUAUGCAAGCGAGUCAAUGUCCCUCAUCCCUAUCCCGAUUCAACAUUUGUUGGUUGCCCCGAUGAGCGCCGCCCGCGCAACCCACUCCACCGGCGUCGCUUUGGACGCGGACGUGCCAAUGACAGUUCGAAAAACUUCUCCUUGUUUGAUUUGUUGGAUGUCAAUCGUGGACUUGAUCCGGGACCCGAGAACAUGGAUAUUCAUGGAGAUGGCGAAGAGUGCUCUGAAAGUGAUGGAGAGACUGCCGGAGAGGAUCAAAGUACCGCAGUUCCAAAUCCGGAAGAUUCUGCUGAACAGAACCAGUUGUCGUUCUCCACAGAUGCAGGCAAACCUGCGCCAACUCGUGGUUCGAUGUCUGUUGCUCCUUCUCGUGGACCUUCGAUUUUCGCAUGUUUGUUUGAGGCGGCCGAAGCGGCUCAGGAGAAGCAAGUAACCUUGAGUGAUGCAAAACCUGAGUCAAAAGAAACUGAUGAGCAAAGUUUUCCCAAGCCAGCUCCUCCAUCGGCUCCUCGUUGUUUGGGACCUCAUUUACCGCAGCACCCUCAAGACGCGGAGGAUGCAGUUGAACAGCCGUCGAUGGAUCUGUUCAAGUCAAUUUUCGCCUCUGAUGAAGAACUAAGCCCUUCAGAAUCGGAGGGCGAUGGAGCGGACAACGCAACAACUCUAGACGAUUCGGACCUCAGUGCCCGUCCGACUUUCAGUAAUUUGAACAACGCUCAUUCCGAUCAAGCCUCUUCCUUAUUUGCCCAUCUGUUUGAACCAACGGGUGAUGCAAAUAACCCUUUGUCCUUGCUGUCCCACAUUACUUCCCAACCGAAGAAACCGGAUCCAAAGAAGACACUUGAAAACUCAGGACCUGAUACUGACUUCUACGGACCUGCUUUACCUCCGAGUUUUGUUGGAACUUCGACAUCUCCGUUAGAAGGUAACUCUAACCCUGUUCCCGAGGCUUGGCGAACUCCGGCGUCUAGCCACAAACGAGAGAAUGACAUUGAAUGGACAGACUCAACCCAGUCGACCGUUGAUCGAGACAACAAAAAAAGAAAGCAUACCAAACACGGGAAGCACAAACACCGUCGCAAGCACAAGCAGUGCGAAUUCGCUCACCGGAAGGUCCGUGGUUCAAACCCGACCUCUGCCUCUCGAAUUCUCCUGUCCUGGCUUGGGCGAUCUGGCAGUAUCCCAGUCCUCGUGCAACCUUCGGGUGGCAUGGCAGUUAGGCUUCUGAAGGGGGCUACAGCUGAACGUUUCUUUCUUCGUGAUAACUCUCGGGGAUAA